GGAAGCCGGCCGUAAGACUUAGCAGAGAGCACGCAGAGCCCUAAACUAAUGCGUGGUUUAAAUUUUGUAUGCGCCUCCAUGCAAGACGGCCCAGCUAAUGGAACCGCCCUUGCCCUGCACCAGCUUCGUACUCAUUCUUUCUCUCUCUCUCUCUUUGUAUUUGUGUGCGCGCGUGUGAGAGCGAGUACUAUGGAUGGAAUUAGGAGCGGCAUUUUCGUUGACUAUAUAACCCUCCCAUGCAUAAAAAAAAAGAUGCCGCAUGAGAGAGCCUUUGCCAUGUAGAAUCACGUGGAGCCAACUUCAAGUUACCCAUUUAGGUAUGGGAAACUGAAUUACAAAAAUAUCCCUAGUAGCGUUUGUCGUUAGGCUAGUGCGAGAGUUAGUUUGUGCGUAGUCCUACAUUCCUAAUGAGCGAUGAAAUGUUACAGAAAUAAACUCUGCUCUCUUUAUAUAUUAGUCGUGUUUUUUUUGUUUUUUUUUACUACGAAUGUACUGCACUCCACAGCUGGAAUGCAAUGCGAACGAGUUGGUGGAAUUUCCCUCCGUGCUAAAUGCUGCACGGGCUUUUGCGGGGUUUAAAGCACCUCGCGGCAUGCAAGGCAAAACUCAUGGCUUGCGCGAGGGUUUCUCGAUAUAAUUUUGUUUAUUUGUAUACACGUGGUUUAAUCCCGCGCGACAGCACAAGUGAGCUGUUUUGACCGCUCACGUCGCGUGCUCGUUUUGAUUGGCCGCUUGUAUUUCUUUGGUAUUCCGCCACAGAGCUUCCAGGCAGCCGAGAACGUCACCUCGGAGCUGGAAUUCUUGACUCACGACCCAAGAAACAUCCGGCCGGGCCAGCUGCAGGGCUUCGCGGAAAAGAUCGAGCCAGUCGUCGACUACGCGGUCAAGGACAUCAAGAUUGCGCAAGCCAUGAUUCACGUGAUCAGCAAUUUCCUCGCUCUAAAUGACAGUGUCAUCAAAGAAGGAGAUGCUGACGGGAUUGCGGUUGAAAAGCUGGUCUCGGUCGUGGAGAGGUUCGCCUCCGAGGUCGUCCUCGAUUCCGGGGCGCUCAUCAUCGAGAACGAGAACCUCGUGGUGAAGGCGGUCGCCUGGUCGCCCAAGCUUCUGUCGCAGGGCCGGGACUUCCUCACCUUCUCGCUGCGCUCCAACGGCGACCACUACCUGCACGAGGACUUCUCGGGGGACGCGGACGAACAGGAGGGUGGCGACAACAUUGUCCUCACCAUCCCGUUCGAGGCGCUGUCGAUGGCGAUCAACAGCUCUCGGCUGGCCGCCGGCGAACCGUACCGGCCCAUACACGAGGUCGAGAAGGGGCCUCGCAUCUCGUUCGUCUCCUACCGAAACGACAAGUUUUUCCGGCCGGCUCGCCGAGACGACAAGUCCCUGGUAAGCGCAGGGCAAGUGGUCCUGUCGGCCAAGAUCGGCGAUAGCAAAAUCGAAAACCUCACUGAUCGCUUGGUAUAUUCGUACCCUACGUGCCGUGCUGGAACGUACGUCUGCGCCUUCUGGGAUGAACGCCGGAAGGAGUGGUCCACUGCCGGCAUCACGACCAAUCAGACCGGAAAUGUCACCCUGUGCAGCUCGACUCACAUGACUGUGUUCUCGCUUUUGUUGGAUCCUAUGCCGGGGAUGGCCAUGACACCGCACCAUUACCGCGUUCUCUCGAUCAUAUCCUACAUUGGGUGCAUCAUGUCCGUUGUAGGCCUGUUCUUCACCAUACUGACCUACGCUCUCUUCAGGUGCCUGAACAAGGACCGCUCGGGCAAGAUCCUUCUCAACCUGUGCUCAGCCAUGCUGUUACUGAACCUGGCCUUCCUGGUGGGUUCCCUGCACGAGCGCUUUCCCAAGCUGGAGCUGUGCAUGGGCACGGCCGUGGCCACUCACUACUUCCUGCUGGCCUGUCUAGCCUGGAUGGGCGUCGAGGCCGCCAACAUGCACCAGAUGCUGGUUCACGUGUUCGCCACGUCCGAGACGUGCUUCAUGCUCAAGCGUGUCCUCAUAGGAUGGGGCAUUCCAGCUGUAAUUGUUGGAACGUGCCUCUCCAUAGACCUGGAGCCCUACAGGAGUCACGAUGACUACUGCGUGAUAUCAUCGAGAAACCAGUGGAUCUACUACAUCGCAUUCCUGGGCAUCUCUUCGUGUAUUCUAUUCGUUAACUUGAUCGUCUUCAUCAUGGUGACGAAAGUGCUCUUCAAGCCGCGAAUGGCCGGAGCUGCCGGGAAGUCGGCCAACAACUCCGCCUCCAGUUCAAGCUCCGGCGUUCCCAACCCCCUUCCCAUCACAGCGGCCCAAGUUCGCGGCGCCUUCACAGUCAUGACCCUGCUCGGGGUCACCUGGAUAUUCGGCAUGUUCGCCGUGGGCGAAGCCAGGACCGUGUUCCAGUACGUCUUCUGCGUUUGCAACUCGAUGCAGGGAUUUCUCAUCUUCGUCGUGCGAGUGCUUCAGUACCCGGAGGCCCGGGCAGCCUGGGCCCAGCUGGCAACUACGGGCACGUUCAAGAAGAACCGCGGAGGUGCGGUGCCCGCGGGGUCCUGGUGCACCAACUCGAACACCAAGCGCAACAGCCACACGUCCAUGGUGCGGGUCACGUCGGCCAGCACGGACAGCACCAGCACCGUGGUCUUCAACAGCAACAUCUGGAGCAAGGGAGGAAACGGCGGUCCCGCUGCUUCCAAGCACUCGACCAACAGACUACCCCGCUUCUCUAGUGUCGGUAGCCUGCUGAAGAACUGCAACCUGCAGAAGGACGACAAGAUGACCAACGCCGGAACACUGUCUAGGAAGCAGAAGGCAAAGGCGAUCACCGAAGAGUCUCAUGCCAAAGAGAACCACAAAGAAUUCUAUUCCGGCGACGAACAAGUCGCAGCCGUGGUCCCAAGCCUCUACGUUGGCCAGGAGCAGCACAUCAUCAAGAGCAGCAGCCUGAACGCAUCGGACCCACACAACUACGUCGACGAAAGCUCCCGCAGCGCAGCUACUACGCUCACUUUCGCGCCCAACCAAAAGACGCACAUUCUCUUCGCCUACGCCGGUGGCGAAACAACUCCCAUACGGAUCAACGGUAUCGUGCCGUCGCCAGAGGACAAGCCGAGGGUCGAGUCCUUCAGCACGUUCCAGAGGUCCUCGCCCGUCCCUAGUGCGCCCCAAAUUCCAGAGCUGCCCCAAGCGAGGACCUGUCCCGUAGCAGCAGCAGCAGCAGCAGCAGCAGCAGCAGAACCAAUCAGCGUCGCUGCGACGGAGAGUGAGCCAAUUCGUAGCUCGCUGAAGACGACAUGUAGCGAUGAAACAUCAUUCCUAGUUACGGAUGGAGCAGCCACGACAUUCGUGUCUUGAUAAACCAGCCGCGACAAUCGCACGUUGCUAUGCUUUGGCAUCUCUUGUGAACGUCGGUCGGCGACAGACUAGGACGGAGUGCCUUCUAGCCUCGACCGGAACCCUGGUAGGCACCGAGCUCCUUGUCCCGGAAAUGAAUAGCGUCCGCAGCCUUUACAGCAAAUGCACCUGCACCAGAUAUGGUGUCCUCGACCGAGACACUCACUUUGUCGAGUUGGAGUGCUGCAGCAUGGAAUAUUCGAAGACACAGCCCGGUCAUCAUGGAAAAGAAGAGUCCCCACGCGUUUUUGUUUGCGCAUGAAGGACAUUAAGAACCAAUAUAUUUCCUUCGGCUCAUAAUGACCCAGUGCAGCUACAUCAAUUAUAAGUUGCUGUGCCUGAGGAGCUGUGGUCUUCCCAAGAACAGUGAUCUCAACGUCUUGUGAUUGAGACGGCGAUGGUGACUUGUUAGUAGCCGUUGUUUCUUUUACGCCGCCCUCUUUUACGUGCAGCCCUGCACUGGACAAAGGCAGUGGCGUGCGUAGCAAGCGUGAAUUUCACAACCUGUUAUAAAUGACAUAGCCUGCUACAGACUGCGCUAGUCCUUCGAACAUUUUACUGAGAUUUCUCUUGUCGUGCGCCUUACUUGUGAGACAAAUCAAAACUGAGACCGUGGGCCAUGGCUGUGGGCGGCCAGGUACGUUCCUUUAUGCCUUUUCCAUCAGCGGAUUAUUCAAUCGUGUUCGCUGUAGGGUGAGCCAAAAGACACGUUGUGAUUUCUCUACUAGGUCAACACGUUGUGAACUUUUUGUUACUGUGACAGUUACCGUUCUGCCUAUAUACUGUGGAGCAUAUAUCCCUUUACGAAUAUAUUCAGGACUGCUUCUCAAUUGGCGAUACCUGUUUCAUAUAACAGAAAAAAAAUAUUUUGCAUGGAGAUCUCCAUCUCAAUUUACAAGCUCUACUUCUGCGUGGCCUGCUAUGUCCUCUUCUACGCAUGUACCGUGUGUCGCGACUAAUGUUAGCCAAGCUAUUCAACGAAAAAAGUGAUUUAUAAACGCGGUGCAAGGUAGAAAUAUAGGACCAAUAGGGAACAACGCUGAUUCUUCUACUAGUUUGUACGCUGUACUCAUAAUGGCAAAGCCUUUACCGCAGUCCAAAACGACAGGGACUUGACAGAGACACAGGACAGCGCCUGUCGUGUGUCUUUGUCUCGUCAAUGUCCUUUAGAAUUGCGCUGAAGGUUAUGAUUAUAUGAGUAAACCUAUAGGGAGUUCGGUCGUCAGCGUUCUGCUAACCGCACAAGGUGUGUUCUAAAUUGAUAUCUUGCACUGUGUUUUUUCAGUCAUUGUUUCCGAUUAACAGCUUGACUAAAGUUAUCUGGGACAACCUAUGUAUCACUGUAAAGUUACAAAAAUUGGAGGCAGUUGUCUGAGGGAUAAUAAACCACAUUUGUGUCUGAACCAUCCUAAUGCUACAAUAUCUGAACACUGCCCGUAUUGCUGCCGCAAAAACCACUGGUGUUUGAAUUUUUGUAAGUAAAAUGAAUUUUACCUCUCAGAA